AUGGAUAAUAAGCAGCCUGUAAAGCUGGCAAAGGUGACCAAAGUAUUGGGUCGGACAGGAAGUCGUGGUGGAGUGACCCAAGUACGUGUUGAGUUUAUGGAUGAUACGACAAGAAGUAUUAUUCGGAAUGUUAAGGCAGGAGCUGGGCCGGUUCGAGAAGAUGAUAUAUUAUGUUUAUUAGAGUCAGAAAGAGAAGCACGUAGAUUAAGAUAA